AUGGGUUUCAUCUUGGACUUGCCCGGGUUAAAGAAAGUCUUCGACCGUGUUGAUCCCAUCGGGACGUUCAUGCGCUGGUAUGGGGUCAUCAAGCGCCGCGUCUAUCGUGUUCGUGGCGCUAAUGCUCUUUGGCACCACGACGGAAAUGAGAAACUCAAGCCAUGGGGUUUCUAUAUCCAUGGGUGUAUCGACGGUUUCUCGAGGCUGUUCAUAUAUCUUGUUUGCUGCGACAACAAGAAAUCGGCGACUGUUGAGCAGAUUUUCCGACGUGCAGUUGCUAUUUAUGGAUGGCCAAGUCGAGCUCGGGGGGAUUUUGGGAAGGAGAACAAUGGGGUGGAACGAAUGAUGAUCGGGCAUUGGGGAGAGGCCCAUAUGGCAUACUUGAGAGGACUAUCCCUCCAGAAUAUUCGAAUCGAGCGGUCUUGGCGCGACAUUCGAAAGGAUGCUCUUCAGUACUUCCGUGAGAUAUUUCAGCAUCUUGAAGAGUCUCAACUCCUUCAUAUGGACAACGCAAUCGAACGAGUAUGCCUCUUUCUGGUGUAUCAGCCUCGCAUUCAAGCUGCGCUUGACCGUGCCCGUGACUCAUGGAAUCAUCACAAACUCCGCACCGAAAGGGAAAAGACCCCUACUGCCAUUUUCGAGCUUAGCCGUCAGAACGCCAUCCGCCUUGGAUAUUGGACUGGUGAUCCCGGCGAUGAUAUUGCAGAUGUUUCACCUGAUUAUGGGGUUGAUGGUGAGGGCCUUACUACCCCAACUGGCAACUGCUGA